AUGGAUCAAGGCAGUAGCUAUGCUUCACAAAAGCUCGAAGACCAGUUGCGAGGCAUGAUCAUGAAUCGUAGUGGCCCUCAUCAACAAGCUGAUUCUCGACUACCGCCGCAACCUUCUAACAUGGCUCAUGGUUAUCCUUCGAGAGGUCCUCCUGGUUUUGGAAUGCCUCCACCCAUGACUGCUCAGCCGCGGUACUCUAACAACAUACCGAUGGAUCGCCAACAAGAUUUCUCUCAAUUCCUUCAGCAGCACCAUGCGACUGGUCCAGUACCUCUACAGCCUCGCUAUGCGCCUGCACAGACACACAACAACAACUUCCGUGCUCAGGGUCCUCAUCGCAACUCCAAUUCCAGACCCAUGGACCCAAACACUUUUGAUAGACCUCCACCUCAAGACCCCCGUUCUCAUCAGCCCUAUUCUCAGCAUCAGAAUCAUCCGGGCCAUCUAGACCACCGAAACCAUCAAAACCAGCAUCAACAUCAACAGCGUCAUCUGUAUCAACCGCACUCUCGACCUCAGCAGACUAACAACCCUUAUCUUGAACGCCAGGCCUCCUUCUUGGAUUCUCUUGCUACUCAGGAAAUUUCAAAGACGCAGAUGCUGGAUUCUGAAAUUGCCAUGAAGGACGCUUUCCGUAUCAGGCUGCAACGAAUCUUUGAAAAUCUCAAAUCUCCAGAUUCAGAAAACCCUCUUCCUUCUGUCGAACUGGCUAGCUUUGGCAGUCUUAGUUCGGGCUUUGCUACUGCUGGCUCAGAUAUGGAUUUGGCCAUCGUCACGCUAUCUGAGCAUGACUUGAGUCAGCGCUUCUCAUCGCACGAGAACGGCCUUCCUCGGGUUCUGGAAAGGCAACUCCUUGAUAAUGGCAUCGGCGCUCGCUUGCUUACUCGUACACGUGUGCCCAUCAUCAAGAUUUGUGAAGACCCACCUCCAGAACUCUUGGGUGCUCUUCGAGAAUCUCGUGAGAAGUGGGACAACCUGCCUGAAGAUGAGAAGUAUGCCACUUCCAAGCCGUCUGCCAACGACACAGCUCCUAAGAAGGACGCCCUUGAUACUCCUACUCAGACUGAGCCCGAAACUGAUGGUGCUGAGCCUUCCGCAGAGAAUGACACUACUCCUCAAACAGCAAAGCCUACAGACGAUGUCGCAUCACUUGUCGAGUCAACACAAGCUCUACAAAUCGACCAAAACGCAUCUUCGAGCCCAUCUCAAGCCACCUCAAAGUCAGAGAAUACUCAGCAACCUCACCAACAGCAACCUCACGACAAACAGGCAAACCGUCAACGAAAUGACAGAAGCUGGCGACGUGAAAAGGCUGCCGGUCCUCUGGACUUUCCCAAGGAUGGUGUUGGCAUCCAAUGUGACAUCAAUUUCUUCAACCCUCUAGGUAUUCACAACACUCAAAUGUUGCGCUGCUACUCAAAGUGUGAUCCGAGAGUCCGACCCAUGGUCCUCUUCAUCAAGUCAUGGGCUAAGCGCAGGAAGAUCAACUCCUCCUACUCAGGCACCCUGUCAUCGUAUGGUUACGUGCUGAUGGUUUUGCAUUACCUUGUAAACGUAACACAUCCUCCUGUUUUGCCUAAUCUGCAACAUGAGGCUGAAGCCAACGGUCUACCUUUCACUACUGUCGACGGCUACGAAGUUCGCUUCUUUGAUAAGGAAGACGUGAUCGAAAGUCGUGCGAGCCAAGGUGCGAUCACACAGAACAAAGAGUCGUUGGGCAACUUGCUGGUUGGCUUCUUCCGGUACUAUGCCGUCAAUUCUGGUGGGUUCUUUUGGACGCGCGAUGUGCUCAGCUUGAGAUCUCAAGGCGGCCUCCUGUCCAAGGAUGAAAAAGGUUGGACAGGUGCAAAGACUGAAGUCGGCGACAACAAGGAAGUACGCCACCGAUAUCUCUUUGCCAUUGAGGAUCCGUUCGAGACUACGCACAAUGUCGCGCGAACUGUCACGCACCCUGGCAUUGUCGCCAUCAGAGAUGAGUUCCGUCGUGCGUGGCGCAUAAUCGGGGCCAUCGGUCGUAACAGAGAUGAGCCUGAAGGCGGCCUGUUUGACGAAUUGACUGAAGCUGAGGAACAAGGGCCUGCCUCUACGGCUCCACCACCGACAGUCAACAAGGCUCACGCAUAUGGCCAGCAGUUCCCGACUCUUGCAGGAGGCCCGGCCAACGUCGCUGCUGCACAGAGACCCCGCUCGCCAGUGCACGCACCUGUGCAGCCAGUUCAAACGGCGCAACCUUCGACACAAGCACUUGCAAAAGAGCCCGUGCACUCGCAGCCAGAGGUCGCUCCUCCUGCGCCUCGUGGCAAAGGCCGUCGUCAGAAGUUUGUACCUCUCAAUCUCUAG